AUGCCCCGUCAUUGCCGGAUACACUUUGUCUCCCUCCAUUCUUCCCUCGUCAAUCUCCCAAUAUCCCUCUAUGGUCCGCUGGUAGAGCGAGGCAUCCGACCCCAAGGGCUUGCAGUCCAUCUCAAGCUGGUCUCCAGCAACAAGACUUCGUUCAACUCAAAGGAUGCUGCCAAGAAGCCCGAAGCAUAUGUCGGGUGGACAGGGCUCGCCUCGUCAUCCUCUCUCGCUCACUUCAACUCCGGGAACGCUGGCGAGAGAGGCCUAGAGACAGUUGAGAUAGAUCCUCAAUAUGCUGAGGGGUUGGGCUUCGCUUCGGGCGAUGUGGUGGAAAUUGGUCUGCUCCAUGACCUCGCCUACGCAAAGUCUGUAGCCACCGAACCCGCCACGUCCGACGACUGGGAGAUACUGGAAUUGCAUGCCUCCCACGUAGAGUCUACCCUGCUUUCACAAGUGCGCGUCGCCGUCGUGGGGCAGGAGAUUGACGUAUGGGUGUUGGGUCGGACACGCGUACGACUCAAUGUUGUUUCGCUGGAGCCCUCGACCGGAAAGCCGCUGCUUCUGACCUCGAAUACGGAAGUAAGCAUCGCGCCCAAACUUCGCUCGAAACAGAACGCAGCCUCGGAGGCGAAGGGUGGUACUGGGAAAGCCCUAGGCGUCCCUCACGGGUCUGGGCAGGCUUCCCCACCAGAGAAGAGUAGAGCUCCCCGUCAAGCCCGGACCCUACGACUGCUCCCGCACCGACUCUUUCCCAACGCGCCCUCGUCUCAUCCGGAUACUGGUUUCGCAUACGUUUCCUAUAAGACGCUGUUGUCACUCUACCCUCAGGGCGUUCCAUCUCAGUUGCAAGGAUGGAGAGCGACUUCCAGGCGCGUAGCCCCUCCUGCAGGUCCAGACAGAGAGGCUGCUCCGGCAUCUCCGGCUCCAGCCCCUCAGGCGCGAGUGCUGGUACCCAACGGCGAAGCUUCGUCAUCAAAAGGGCCUAAGUUGAUUGAUGAGUCGAAGAAUGAGGUGGUCGUGGUAUGGUCCCCGGACGUUCCUGUGCCAGACGGCCAUGUAGUCCUGUAUCCUGUCUUAGACCACGCAGAGGACUGGGAUAUGAUACGAUUGAUAUUCAUCAAGGAGGAUGGCGGCUAUCCUAUUCCUCCUUAUCAGCGGACGAGCCUGAUGGUACCAGACAAGCUGAAUACAAGUGCAUCGCACGGUUUAGCCGGAGUGGAAGAGACUUUCGCUAAAUGCACGCAGUUCUGCUUGACAUCUUUUGCUCUCCACGCUUUCAACAAGAGGGUACGAGGUGUUCCUGGGCUUCUUGUGACUGGGCGAAGCGGCGCUGGCAAGACGGCUCUGCUGCAUGCUGUCUCGAAGGCGAUGCAACAUGAUCCCAGAACGCUCACCUACACGCUCUACGUCGACCUGAGUCGAUUCAACGGCUCACCAGUGGCUAAGGUGCGGUCCCAAAUGAAGUAUUGGAUGGACAAGGUAUCCUGGCACAAGCCCUCCAUCCUGAUUCUCGACAACAUCGACAAGCUGAUGGGAACCGAGCUGGAGCACGCGGACUCGUUCCAUACGCGACACGUGACGGAGUUGUUCUUGGCACUGUACGGCUUCUCUGCACGCUCGGCCGCACCCAACGCGAGCGGCGUCGUCCUCCUCGCCGCUGCCGAAUCGCAGGCGUCCCUCCACCCGCUCCUCAAUUCCUCUCACCUGUUCCAGGAGGUCGUGAAUCUGAAGCCACCGUCGAAGGAUGCCCGAAAAGAGGUACGCCGCUGUCUCUCCGCAUCGUCCCCUGACGACUCGAUACCAACGGUCCGACAGGUCCUCGCGCACCUGGUCAAGGAGCACAUGGACUCAUCAAACAUCGCCCAAGACCCGGCAGCCCCGCUGAACUACACCGCGCUCGCGACGCAGACCGAGGGCUACUCCGUGACGGACCUCAAGGACCUCGUCGCGCGCGCUGUCCAUCGUGCGGCUAUCCGGUCGUCCGAGCUGCAGCUCAGCACGCACGAAGAGCCGCAGCAGACGACACUCACUCCCGCGGACUUCUCCGCCGCCCAGGUCGACUUCGUGCCGCACUCGCUCCGCGACGUGAAGCUCCAGAAGUCGGACAUCGCCUGGGCCGACAUCGGCGGUCUGCGGGAGACGAAGCAGGUGCUGCGGGAGACGCUCGAGUGGCCGACCAAGUACGGGCCGAUCUUCGCGCAGUCGCCGUUGAGGCUGCGGUCAGGGCUUCUGCUGUACGGCUACCCGGGCUGCGGCAAGACGCUGCUGGCCUCGGCCGUGGCGAAGGAGUGCGGGCUGAACUUUAUCAGCAUCAAAGGCCCGGAGAUCCUGAACAAGUACAUCGGCGCGAGCGAGAAGUCGGUGCGUGACCUCUUCGAGCGGGCGAGCGCGGCGAAGCCGUGCGUGCUGUUCUUCGACGAAUUCGACUCGAUCGCUCCCAAGAGAGGACACGACAGCACGGGGGUGACGGACCGCGUCGUGAACCAGAUGCUGACCCAGAUGGACGGCGCAGAAGGCCUGGACGGCGUGUACGUCCUCGCUGCCACGAGCCGACCCGACCUGAUCGACUCUGCCCUCCUCCGGCCCGGGCGCCUCGACAAGUCCCUUCUCUGCGACAUGCCAGACGCGGAAGAACGCGAGGAGAUCCUGAGCGCGCUCGGCCGGAAAGUCGCGUUCGCGCGCUCGGUGGACCUCGCAGCGCUCGCGGGCGCGACGGAGGGCUUCUCCGGCGCGGACCUCCAGGCGCUGGUGUACAACGCGCAUCUGGAGGUCGUGCACGACACCAUCGCCCACCCGCCUGCCGAGGCCGGCGCGCCUAGUAUCAACGGCGCGUCGUCUACGGCAGCUAAUGAGAAUGCGGAGCGGCCUGUCAGGUACACGGUUCUUGGGAGCGAGAGCGAGGGCAGGGUGCUGUCGCGCGCGGAGGAGUCCGCGUUCCAGCGUCGGCUGCGACGCAUCGUGUCUGGACCGUCGGUGGACGGGCGCAAGGACCGGGCGAGCCCGUCGUCGAGAGCAAGGACGGACGCCAAACCGAAAGCGAAACAUGAGAUUAAGCCGGAGGAUCUGGAGCGUGUGCUGAAGGUCACGCGGCCGUCUGUGCCUCCUGAGGAGCGCGAGCGAUUGCGGCGAAUAUACAGUGCGUUUGUGUCGGACAGGAGCGGGGAUCUGCCUGUGCCGCCUGAGGCAGGGGGGAUCGGGAUGCGGGCUUCUUUAGCCUAGGCACAUUGAUGCCGUUUGCGGUAUGACUGUACAGAUAUGGUCGUGCGCCGUGCGGACAUGCGCGGCUUCCAAUAUUAUGAG